CUCACCCAUGAUUGUACGCGUCAGUUUCAUCCAUGGCGGCUCCAACUCUGUGGACGUAUCGUAACCAGAUCCUCAGGAUCGUUCAGGAAUCUCUGGAGGUGUCCUUGAUCCUUUGUGGGUCAGAAAUGGGCACUUUUACCACAGCUAAGAUAUUCGACGUGUUCAACCAGCUACUACCAACCGCAUUCGUGCUCAACACAGGCUACUGGGCAUUCUAUAACACCAUGAAGAGGCAACCCAUAUGCGUGUGUGCCAGAUAUGCCAUACCAUGUCGUCACUACAAGCAAGACCACCAUUGGAUCGACAUGGAAAGCAUUCCAGGGGAUAAUUCUGCUGUUUUCACAUCGAAAAAUGGAAACUUGAUUGUAACGAAAUCUGAGAUCGAAGUAACCCCGGUUACCUGGCAAACUGCUGGCUACAUUCUGGCAAUUAGAUUAACAUUUCAAUACAAGAAAAUUGAGAAGGGCCGCUUGAGGAAGAGAAAAAAUGAAAAUUUGGUUAAUGCAUCAGCUCAGGAUAUCUCCAUAGCCAUUUAUUGCAGAUACAACGUCUAUAAAGAAGCCUACCCAGCCCCCGCAUCAGUAGUCUUCCAGCCAAACCCAUUCUUCUACGACACCUACGGCUCCCAAUUUCCAGAACUACUCCAAUACCUCCCCAGCGACAUGAACCCCAAAUCCUUCUGUGUACCCCUGGAACACACCCCAAACUUCUCCCUUAUCCUCUGCCACGUCAACCUACCCUUACACCUUCCAACUACCACACUAUCUCUUGUCCAAUCCCGUCCAGAUGUCAGAUUGAGAAAGAUCAUGUGCCACAAAGGUACCCAAACCGAAGACAGCAGCUCGCUUGAGAUCUGGAAGUGCCAGGAGAUCAUAGCUGGGCUGAAACCUCUUUGGAAUGAUCUGGAUAUUGAGGAGGCUUCAGGAAAAGGAAAUGGAAUAGAGCAGUAUACGUUUCCGGCUUUGAAUGACCAGGAAGUUAGUACUACGACCAGUAUUAAUGAAGAUAUAGCCCAGAAAGUUCAAGAAAAAGAGUAUGAAUCUCACUGGCCGCAGUAUCAGUCUCAAAAAACUAUUACAAAGAGACGCAGGAAGAAGAAGCCUACACCGAGUUUGGUGCCGAUAAAUACUAACCGUCCUAUUCACCAUAGAGUAAAAAAUGAACAUGCUCCUAACCUGAGCUAUGCAACGGUUGUUAAAGCUUCUUCGAGAGCGCUCAAGACUAAAGAAGAAUCUAUUGAUAUAGCUUGUUGGAUUAAGAAAGAACCAAUGAAUUUUUGGACCGAAGAACAGAUCAGCGAGCAUUUUGAUUUGGCACAGGAACUAAUCGACGAUGAUCUGGCAACUCAGCAAAUGAAGUGCUGGUGGGACGCAUAAAAUUAUUAUUUUUAUACAGGGUUUUCUCAAUUUGGUUUAAUACUAAUAUCUGUAAGAAGCAAUUCUUACAAGAUUCUACAGUAUACAGGGUGGUCCAAACUGUAUUUCGGAAAUUUCGGCAGCAUAUUCUGCAGGUAAAAA